ACACACACACACCGGACCCCGUUCGGGACGACGCCGUCGCGACCAGUGCGAUCAGAGUCCGCAUCAGUACCGGAUCUUCUCCGCUACACUCCGACGCGCGCGCACACACCACUUUUUCUCUUUUUCGUCUUUUUUUAUUUUAAUUCUUUCCCCUUUCGUUUCUCGUUUUCUGUCCACGCACGCAACAAACCCAACGGCCUAGCCCUCGCACACACAUUCAAACACACCGACACACACAUGCAAGCAGACACACGUCAAUAAACACAAACUAUUCAUCAGUCGCCCGCCGAAACCGUCGAACGCGUCCGCGACCACGAGACACUUCGGACGACAGGUGCGUGUUCUCAGCCGCGGGCUAAUACACAGUAUAUAUUGCACGGUUUCCACGGCACGUACCGAUACACAAUAAACAUCGUCGACGACAUCGUUGCACCAUCAAACGUCUGCGCGCGAGCCCACAGCGCGACAUCCCGACAGCCGCAGACGCCGAUGCGAUCGUCCGGUUGACCGGCCGGUCUAGUCUGCCGCGUACCCGACGUUGCCGCCGCCGCCGCCACCGUGUUUGCCGCCCGGCGGGCCCCGGUCAACGCGCCAUCAGCAAUCACGUACUGCUACACGUACCCGGGGGCACUGCACGUAGCCGGAGAGCAACAGCCGCCGCCGUUGCGGACUUGUUGCGCGCACUGUUGCUCGCCCGCCGCCGCCUGCACCACUGCCGCCGCCACCGCCGCCGUCACAGCCACAGCAUACCACCACGUAUAUCAUCAGCAUCAUCAGCACCAGCAUCAGCCGCCGCCGCAGCCGCCGCAACCGCAACCGUUGCACCAGUAUCAGUUGGCCGUCGCCGUGACGCCCCAACCCAAGACGCCGCACGUUGGUGGCCAGCUGUAUCACUUGCAGGCCAACAACACGUAUCACCACCCGCCGCUGCAGCAGCUUCAGCGACCGGCGCCACAGUACGCGGAAUCCGUCACGACGGCACCACCGACGGCCACUAUCGCCACGCCGGCAGCGGACGCCGUGCAGGACGACGUGGAAAUGCGCGGGUCUGACGAAAUGGUCACAUCACCUGGAGUUGAAGGAGGACCGGUAAGCAACGGAGACACGAUUGGAACCAAUCACGUGGACAACAAUAAUGACGCAAAAAAGGUCAAACUCGACAAAACCGCCAACAACAAGCCAUCCCGGGUAAUACACAUACGCAACAUACCAAAUGAGGUCACAGAAGCCGAGGUCAUACAUCUGGGCAUUCCGUUCGGAAAAGUCACAAACGUGCUUGUACUCAAAGGCAAAAAUCAGGCUUUCCUAGAGAUGGCGGACGAGACAUCGGCAUCAGCUAUGGUUACAUAUUUCACGACGUGCACGGCUCAACUCAGAGGUCGCGCUGUGUUCAUACAGUUUAGUAAUCAUAAGGAGUUAAAAACGGACCAAACGCACAGUAAUGCUAAUGCAUCGGCUCAAGCGGCCCUACAAGCGGCCCAAGCUCUGGCUGGCCAGAGCGACGUACAAGGAGGUCCAAACACGGUGCUCCGGGUAAUUGUUGAACACAUGGUAUUUCCAAUCAGUCUUGACGUUCUAUACGAGAUAUUUUCACGUUACGGCAAAGUGCUGAAAAUCGUCACGUUCACCAAAAACAAUUCGUUCCAAGUGCUGAUCCAAUAUCCCGACGUGGUUACCGCACAAUCCGCUAAAUUGUCAUUGGACGGACAAAAUCUGUUCCAUACCGGCCAUUUGUUUGAUCUAUCGCAUUUGAACAACUCACUGGAUGGCCAAAACAUUUACACAUCAUGCUGCAAGCUACGUAUCGAGUACUCAAAGUUGUCUAGCCUGAACGUCAAAUACAAUAACGACAAGUCGCGGGACUACACCAACCCGACGCUGCCCAACGGCGACAAUACGGUAAUGGAAACGCUGGCGGCGCUUGGCGUGGACUCUGUGGCUGGAAACCAGCUGCUGCCACAUCAGCUCAGUCUAUUGCUGUCCGGCGUGCCAAGUGCCGCUGCUGGACUUCCACAGGCCCGUCGGCAACUGACCACCGGUGCUGACCAUAGCCGACUCGCAGGUACUCGACAUUUCAUCCACUCCGACGCGAAGGAUUUACGUCACUGCGUUAAUAUAGGCAGUCCGGGCAUGCUGACACCGUCGUUCAACACCGUCCACGGGCUCGCUUCGCCACUAGCCACAUCGUACGCCAACUCGCCCGUCACUAGCAUGCCGCUCGGAUUCACCUUACCCGGUGGUUCGUUGGCGACUGGCACGCUCAGACUCCCCGGCCAGAUGACCGGACAGACGUGUGUACUGUUGGUCAGCAACCUUAACGAAGAGAUGGUCACGCCAGACGCUAUUUUCACUUUGUUUGGUGUCUAUGGAGACGUGUUGCGCGUGAAGAUCUUGUACAACAAAAAAGACGGCGCUUUGGUGCAAAUGGCUGAGCCUCAUCAAGCACAUUUGGCCAUGCUUCAUUUGGACAAAGUGCGUCUAUACGGAAAAUACAUACGAGUAAUGCAAUCCAAGUACCAGACUGUUCAACUGCCCAAAGAAGGACAGCCCGACUCCGGACUGACAAAAGAUUACACCUCGUCGCCAUUACAUCGAUUCAAGAAGCCGGGCUCCAAAAAUUACCAAAACAUCUAUCCACCGUCGUCCACUCUUCAUUUGUCCAACAUACCGACGACGUUAUCGGAAGAUUUCUUGAAGACGGCGUUCGAAAACAACACUUUCACCGUAAAAGACUUCAAAUUCUUCCCUAAAGACCGCAAAAUGGCACUUAUUCAAAUGGAAUCCUUGGAGGAAGCCGUCGCCGCACUUAUCAAGAUGCACAAUUAUCGGCUCAGCGAACAAAACCACUUGCGCGUUUCGUUCUCAAAGUCCAACAUCCAACCGGACACGCUGACACCCAACUAGGCACCUCUUACCCUACGCUUUAGAAUUACUGGACAUUGUUGCCAAACUACGCGACAGUCAAUGAUCUUUACGAACACGACUGUGGUUUGCAAGUAUUUUUAAUUAUAAUAUUAUUGUUUCAUAUUUUAAAUUUAUUCGUAAACAGUAUUAUUUUUUUUUAAUAUUAUUAUUCUUUAUUAUUAUUACUAUUAUACUCUGAUUUUUUUUACGCGAUUAACUUUUAAUUGUUUUACAUUUACUUUUUUCUCCUGGCGUAUUAUUUUCGCAUAUUUAUAUAUAUAGUAUUUACAUGUUGAUGAUUUUUUUCCAUCAUUCCUCUAAGUGUCUUUAUACUUGUGUAUUAUUUAAUUUAUAUCUAUAUAUUGUAUGUGUAUUAUUUAAGAAGACCAAUGUAAUGUCUAGGUCGUAUAAAAUAUUUAUUGAAUAUGAAAAAAAAAACAAACAAAAAAAUAUAUUAUUUUAGUAGUAGAAAUUGUCACCAAAGGAUGCGAGGAAAACGUGUAACAUAAAAUCGCACAAAAUUGUAUGUAUUAAUGAAACAAUUAGUAUUUUUUUAUUAUUAUUAUGAUUUUUAUUUAUAAUUUAUACUAUUUUUUAUUCUACUAUUAUAUAUGAUUAUGUUUAUUUUUAGAGAAAAAAAAACAGUUUUUUUUUUUAUUAUUAUAUAUACGAGCAAUUUCUAUUAUGAUUUGUUAAGAUGAAUAAACUGUUUAUUUUUUA